AUGGAUGAUUUUUCAGUUUAUGGGUCUUCAUUCAAGAACUGUUUAGAAAAUCUAUGCAAGGUGUUGGCAAGGUGUGAGGAGAAGCAUUUAGUGAUCAAUUGGGAGAAGUGCCAUUUUAUGGUUAGAGAUGGUAUAGUUCUUGGUCACAGGGUUUCAGAAGCUGGUAUUGAAGUUGACCGCGCUAAGAUAGAGGUGAUGACAAGUCUUCAAAUGCCAGAGAAUGUGAAGGCAGUAAGGAGUUUUCUUGGGCAUGCAGAUGUCAAAUUUGAAUUCACUGAUGAGUGCAGGAUAGCCUUUGAAAGGAUUAAGCAAGAACUUGUGAGUGCUCCUAUUGUUCAGCCACCAGAUUGGGAUCUCCCUUUUGAAGUUAUCUGUGAUGCUAGUGACUGUGCAGUGGGAGCAGUGCUGGGACAGAAAAGAGACAAGAAGCUUCAUGCAAUUUACUAUGCAAGCAGAACACUUGAUGAUGCACAAAGAAAUUAUGCAACAACAGAAAAGGAGUUGUUGGCAGUUGUGUUUGCUUUUGAAAAAUUCUUGAAGGAUAAGAAGGGGAUUGAGAAUGGUGUUGCUGAUCACUUGUCUAGGAUUAGAAUUGAUGAUGAUGUGUCAAUCCAAGACUGUGGUGCCGAUCGAUACCACCAUAGCAUCGGUCGACACCGAUGCUUUCUAGAUACAGACUGGUCGUAUGAUGGAGAUUUAACUGCUGUGGCUAGCUCCAAUCCACCCUGUGAUGGAGUUUACAGAAGAUGUUUGGCAGAGACUGAGGUACCUGAUGUUUUGUUUCAUUGUCAUGGGUCUGACUAUGCAGGACAUUUUGCUACAUUCAAAACAGUGUCCAAGGUCCUCCAAGCAGGCUUCUGGUGGCCAACGAUGUUCAAAGACGCUCAUGAAUAUGUCUCAAGAUGCGAUGCUUGUCAGCGGAAAGGUCAGAUUAGCAAGAGGAAUGAGAUGCCACAAAACUUCAUUCUUGAAGUUGAAGUGUUUGAUUGUUGGGGUAUUGACUUUAUGGGACCGUUUCCAUCUUCCUACAAGAGCAAUUACAUCCUAGUUGUUGUUGAUUAUGUCUCCAAGUGGGUUGAAGCAAUUGCAUGUCUACAGUGGUUCUUAAGCUGUUUAAGACCAUUAANAAUCCCAACUCAACAGGUAUGGGAAAACCCUCUUGCAGAACUUAAGAAGGCUGAUUUUAUCAACAGACCAUUAGAUGUUUGGGGAGAGUAUGAUAAAAUGUUGUAUAAUGCCUGGUUAGGAGUAGAAAUUGAACCAACCAAGUUUUNUCAGACUAGUGGGCAAGUAGAGGUUUCCAACAGGCAGAUUAAGGAGAUUAUUGAGAAAACAAUCAUCUCCAGGCACUUUGAGCCUAAUGACCAGGUACUCCUUUACAAUUCUCGCCUGAAGCUAUUUCCGGGUAAACUCUGUUCCCGUUGGUCUGGUCCUUUUACUGUCCAAGAAGUUAGACCAUAUGGAGCCAUUGUGUUGUUGAAUUCCAAAGGAGAGAAGUUCACUGUUAAUGGCCAAAGGGUGAAACAUUAUUGGGUGAAAGCAGAGAUACCGGACGGACACAUUGUGCGUCUGGACGAAGCACCCUCCGCCUAA